CCGUGACGGCGGGAGGCCGCGGCCGCCGGCUCCCGCCGCCCUCCCCCGCAGCGCGGCUGCGGCUUAGCGGCGCGGGGGGAGGGGCCGCGAGGACGCCGUCAUGCAGGACCCUACCCCGGAACGCGGCGGCGGCGCCCGUCCCGCCGAGGAGAACCGGAGGGCGGCGGCCGGUCCGGCGAGCGACGGGUCGUCCUGGCUGCGGAAGGUGUUUGAGGAGGCGCGAGGCUCGUCGCAGCUGAGCGCGGCGCCCGCCGAGCCGCCGCCCGUGACGGUGGUGGCGGUGGAGCGGUACCUGGCCGCGGCCGCGCCGCCCGCCGCCGCGCAGUACUGGUACGACGUGACGCUGGCGGACGGCGCGCGCCAGGAGCGGUGUCACCUCGCGCCGCGCCUCAACCGCCUGGUGCAGCGCGCGCGCCUGCGGCCCGGCGCGUGCCUGCGCCUCCGCCGCUGCUCGUACCUGUACGACGAGAAGCGGCUGCACUACGGCUUCCUCUGCCUGGACGAGCUGGAGCUGGAGCGGGCCGCGGCCGCCGCGCCGCCCGCCGCGCCGCCGCCGCGCCGCCCGCCGCCCCUCCGCGGCGACAAGAAGCACUACCUGCCGCUCUGGAACAACGAGGAUCCCUACGGAGACGUGUGGGUGGCGGAGAAGCCGCAGGCACAGGUGGACGUCGACGUCUCCAAGCUGACUUCUCUUGGUCAGCUAGAAAUGACCUGGAGAAGCAGAGUUCACUUCCAUCCACUUCUUGUGAGAGUCCUGCACAAAUCUAGACUAAGGUACUAUGGGAAACCAGAGAAAAAACUGGAUAUGCCUUAUCAGGCUUACUUUGAAGUUGCAGAUGGUUCAGGCAUGAUGUCAAUGGUUUUAUGGAAUUCAUUGUGUCCUGAAUGGUAUAACAGUAUGAAGGUUGGCACAGUACUUCUUCUUGAACAGUAUGCUAUCAAAACCAGUUACCCCUUUAAAACACAGCCAACCCCAGGGGAUUCACAGAUGAAGAGAUUUGCUACAAUUGAAAUCAGCCUCAACGUCCGAGACCCUCCUACUAAAAUAAGUAUUAUUCCGGAAGAAAUGGUGAGGCCGGAGUGGGGAUUACCUGAAGUUAAAUAUCGCUUUAUCACAAGGUCAGAACUGGAUGACUUACCAAACAAUCAUUCCUGUGAUGUUAUUGGUCUUGUGACAUUUGUAGGAAGGGCUGAACGAGCAAGAAAAAGAGAACACGGUGAAGACUUCUGGCUCUAUCGUUGGGCACAUGCCAUCGAUGGGACCUCAGAGCAGCCAUUCAUACUGGAAUUAUUUGCAACUUCUCAGCCAGAUGUGUUUAAGCAUAUUCACCCAAUGACAUAUUUGGUGUGCACACAGAUGAGAGUGGUGCGGGACAUCACUGAGAAUCCUUCCGGCACAAUUUACCUUACAACUUCCAAUGAAAGUCAGAUAUUCAUUACAGGGUGGCACAAGGGCCAGCCAUACACCAAGGACACCAAAGUGAAAAACUUCAUUCAGUGGACUAAAACACAAAGCGAAGCUGAUCAAAUGAAGAAGACUGUCAUUGGUGGCUAUUAUCCUUUUCCACGACCUCCAAAUAACUUUCUGAAAUACUGUAAAAACAAUAAAGUUGAGUCAGUGUUGAAAGCCAUAGGUGAGACGGGGGAAGAGAUUGAAGACUUGCACUACAGAGAGCACAAGCGCAUUGCUGUUCAGGGCAUAAUUAGUGCCAUCAGAUACAUCAGCUGUAACAAUGCCUCUGAAGAAGCCUCAGGAGUGGAACUUGUUCAGAAAGAUACUUCUCAGUCUCUUGAAAGUUCUGCUCUGUCCAAAGAAGACUGUGUUAACAAGGGAAAAAACACUGAUCUUCAAAGCAAAGAAGUUAAGUCUUUUCUGGGGCCACAUUGCACUCCUGGGGAACAACAACAGCACCAAGCUUUACAGUCAAAAAAGGGAUCAGUCAAGAGGAAGAUACCGUGCAGAUUAAAUACAGAUGCAGAACAGGGAAGUGCAUCUGUUAUUCCUGUAUCACCUUACCCCUAUUUCACACGGUCUGCAAGAAGAAAGUUUGGCUUGACUGAGUUUCAACAUGAAGAUUUUGGGCAAGAUAAAAGUGGACAGGCUGUACCAGACAGUUUACAGUCCUGCACAGACCCAGAAGGAAUGAGUGAUACACCUGAAACUGAAGAGACUGGAGCAACUUGUGAUUCCUGGCAGAGUGGCCUGUGGGCACAAGUGAAAGACAAGUUAAUGAAAUAUUUGCAUCACAGCAAAAUUUUCCCAGAAAGCAUCCCACGUAAAUUUGAUUAUCUGCACAAAGACUUACUGAUGCAACAGUACAACCUUCAUGCAGCAGUGCACCAGCCAAAAGAAACCAGAACAGAGAAAAAUAUCACUGAGUUUAAAAGUGCUAGUGGCCUUGGGUAUUAUGAAGUGACAGUUCUGGGUAUAAACCAUGAUGUAGCAAUAGAUGUUGCGUUUCUUCCACUGUUUUGCCCUGAAGAUCCCCACUUAUUUCAACUGGAAGACAUUCAAAAUGAUACGUUGUUGUCUUGCAUGAGUUGCAUCUCUGCCUGUCCGCACAAGGCCACCAGCCAUGGAGGGCUUCGCCACACCUUUCCACUUUCAAAUGAACUUGUCAAAGCGGCGACGGAUCUGGAUGGCAAACAUGUUGUGUGCAUCUUGGACAUCUGUCACUUGGGUGACGAUAAGGUGGAAGUCUUUCUGAGCAAAAUCUACCAGACAGUGGAACCUGGUGUGUCAGAUCCAGUGUAAUUUAAUAACUUAUUUUUUCAAAUUUCUGUUGAAGGAUGGGAGGGAGGUGAAAUGUCUGUAGUUUGAGUACACCCUCGACACACUGCUCUGUUCUAGAGCUGACGGGCACAAACAUCGGGUUAUGAUUCUCAGAGCAGUUGUAAGGAUCGCCCAGGUAACUGAAAAGGACGAUUGUUGCCUUGAGUUGUUGUCAGUCGUGAAAUGGAUGACAAUGAUGGUCACUUGUGUGGAAGGACAAACAGGCAGUACAGUAAGCUUGUCUUUUGGUAGGAUACCAAGGAGUAUGAUUGUCAUCCCUCUUUCUCUGCCUGCGCACGUACGCACACAGGAGCGGAUGUAUCAGGGUGAGAACUGAGAAGAAAGACAGGCUUUCCCAAUAUUAAAGGCAAUGUUUGCAAAAGAAUUCACUGGCUGGAAUAUAAAUGUAGGCUGAAAAUUAGAGUAACCUUGAGUCUCAGAGCUGAUAUGUUCCAUGGUGACCUUCUGGUGGGAGGUACUAGGGGCAGCCUAGCUCUCUUUUGACUCAAAGCUUAAUGUGUUUGUGAAAGGGAUUUAAUGCCAUGGUGCCUUUAGUACCAGGGGCUGGACUUAGUGAUCCAAGAAGUCACUUUCAGUUCUUUUUGCCUGAGCAAGGUCAACUGCAGUGCUUUUGUAAGUGUGCUUUUGUGAGUGUAGCACCCAAAGGUUCUUAAUGUAUUUAUUAAUUAAAUAAUUUUUAAAAGAAACUUUGGUAGUGGAACUUGCUUCUGACUUUGCAAGAGAAAAACUCUGCUGCUUAGCAUGGCAGGAUGCACAGUCUGACACACAACUAGGGGAUUUUGUGUUAUCACCUCUGUCCUCUUCAGUAACAGUUGCGUUCUGAGCACACAAAGGAGCCCAGCAGCUGAGGGAAGCUGCUGCUACACAGGAGCCAGAGACUACGAUUUGGACAACUUCUUGUCUGUAUGCUAAGUAGCAGCUGGUUCCUCUGAGUUCUUAACCAAGUCCCACUUUUUCCUCCCAUGUUGAACAGCCUCAGAUCAUUUGUGCAGCUGGACCCUUAGGAAGUUAUUCUCAAGUGGGAGCUAAGAGGCAUUGCUGUUUGACAGCUUGUCUGUGAAAGAAGCUGCUCUCAGGUCAAUUCUUUGAGAAGGAAAGAUUGCAUUAUGGAAAUUUGCCAAUUCAAUUGUAGCUUUAUUGACCAAAGCCCACAGAGUUCAUUCAUAGGAACAGAUUUCUCCUUUUGUGGAAAACUGAGGCACGUUUUAGCAGCCUGUUUGUAACUGAGUGUCUGUUUCAGCUAGUAAGUCGCUUGUCUGCUCUGAGGCCAGUGGACUUUGUCUUCAGGUACUUAAAUUCUGUACCCUAACUUGAGGUAAUUGAAGGAGAAACUAUAAGUAUGUUAAUUUUAGUACAAGUUUGUAGGCAACUUCAGAUAAAAAGUAAAAGCCUUAACAUUCUGAAGACAUUGAUACUAUUAUUCUGUCUCUCUAGUGUGGUUUACGAUUUUAAAAUGUGUUAAUGCAAAAGUGGAUCUUGACGUGCACAGGGGCUGAGAGUUAAAUGUGACUGUACUGGAUGUUCCUCUUUAGUGUGACCACACAGAGUUGGUGCUAGAGCAAUGUGUGUCAGCCCAUGGCCCUCAGCCUCUCACAGCCUUGCACAGAUGGGAAAUGAAAACGUCCCCUCCUGAGAAAAGCACAGUGCUGCUUGGAAGAUGAUUCUGCUCUGAGUUUGUUGUUCAUGGCUAUGUGACAAUUAGAGGCCAUUGUUCUGGAGUGAGAGAGAUUUGCACCAGCACUUCACGUACCAAACUGAGCCGUGCUGACCGUGUCAGCGAGUAGUUUAUCUUUAGAUAUACUUCUGGUCGAAGUCUAAUUUUACUGACACCAUUCUUUACAGAAGUAAUUUUGAAGUCCUCCUCUUUGUAGGACAGGAGUGAUGUGGCUGUCACAGAGGUGCUCUGCUCAGUUGCUCUGGCCACUCCAUCCAUCCCACGCAAAGGCUGUUGCUGCAUUGCACCGCAUACUACACUUUAAACACGUAGCAUUAAUCAUUUCAUCCUCCACGUUAGGGCUUCCUAACUCUAAAAGAAAUGCCAGAAUGGUGUGAGAGAUGUGUAAUACACACCUGAGGCUUUAAAGUAUUUAAUGGUAUUUUACAAAAGUGUUGUUUGACAUUUCUAUGGCAAAAGCAGGGAAGGAAAGAGAUUUCUUUACUCUUGCAGAAUGAAGUGCCAGUGUUAGAAGCACGGGCACUGUGUAUAGCUAGAGAAUAUUCAGCUCUUCUGGUAGAGUUGGAAUUCCAACACUCAGGGUCAUUUCAUAGAGGCCCUUGCCCCCUCCCUGUAAAUUAUGAUGAACUUAAUAUGCCAACUUCAGUUGCUGAAGUGUUGCACUGUUAAUCCCAGGCUGCACCACUAUGCCUGUCUCCCUUUUCCCUGCCAGCCCAGCACAGGAUAAAGAUCCUAUCUGCAAAGAAACUACUUACUGGUUUAUAUCACUUGGUGUCUAUUGACACCAGUAUGAAACCAAAGUAUUUCUGGUUUCUGAGUCUGUCCAAACAUGUUGAUUUUGCCAUGUUAACAGAACCUUGCAAGAUGUCAUAGGAAUCCUCUUUCUUGGUGCAGUGUAUUGCCCCUGCUGAGGGCAAAAAUACCGUCAGAGCACAUUCCCUAACUGUACAACUCAUACCCAACCAAAGAACUGAACUCUCAGAGCUUACAUUGGAACAUUUCUUGUGGUUCCAGCACUAAUUUCAAAGAAAACUAGAGGAAGAUACACUGUGUGUAGCUAAUGGUACUUCAGAGUGUAUAAAACUUAAGUCAUUGAUCUGAGAGGUAAGAACCAUUUUUAUUUCAUGUGAUGUAAAACCAGAGUAACGCUGCAACCUGAGGAAUAUCAAUAAAGGGAUUAAUCUCUGUCA